UUCUCGAAGGUUUUUAUGUUGGAAAGUAUUACAUACAAUGACUACGGCAAGUAUCAUAUCUGCUCUACAACGGUCAUUCAGUCGUCUUGGACCUCCUAGAGUAUUGAUAUGUGAUAAUGCUAAAAAUUUGAACUCGUCAGAGAUGCGGUCGUUCUUGGAUUCAUAUGGUACUAAGUUAGAGAAUUCGACGAGCUAUCAUCCACAAGGAAACUCUAUUGCUGAACCGGUACAUCGAACGUUACAUCGAUUGGCAAGGUUGCACCGACUGCAUUCACCAGGAGAUUUGAAGAAGGCGUUACCCAAAUUGGUAUAUGUAUAUAAUUGUCGCCCACAUAAAGCGCAGUCACCGUACUAUAUGCUUUUUGGCC